AUGGCAUGGCUGCACCUUACGCCAUCGAUGGACACACUACGUUUUCUUGACCUUGAAACUAGUUCUGUCUCUCCGGUCACUCUUGCAGAUCUCCUUGCGCGGGUUAGCCCAAAUAUGGAGACAUUGGUGCUGCCAUUCCUCCACUACGACAACGCCAAGAGAUUUGUUGAAUGCAUAAAAGCUCAGGAGAACGUUUUGCCACAUCUGACUCGGCUGGAAAUUUCACUUCAAUACGGGAAGGAAAAGGAAAACUGUCUGCCCGCAUUGAUUGCGUUUCUCGGCCAUCUGUCGUGCAAAGACAUCUCCCGGAUCGACAUUCGAGUCCGGCCAUAUGAUUUUCGCGGUCGUCGGGUCGUCUUUCGUGAUUGGCGUCUUCUUGACAAGGUGCUGGAGAAGGCGCAUUUCAAGAAUCUCAGCCAAGUCCACAUCGACUGGCUUGGGAGUCGCAAUGCUGUGGUUAACUCCUUCGAUGGACUACUUAGCGAACAGUUCCCUGGUUUACAGGAUCGUCACAUUACCCCAAUUUCUGGAUACUCCGCCGAAACAGUCCAGCGCCAGUACCCGAACCUCGCCACAAGAGGCGACUCCUUGAUCAUGUCCUUCACCACAAUCUGCCUCCUUUUCCGGCUCCGCCUUCGGCCAUCGCCGCCCGACUUCCUCGCUGACCCUCCUCACCCCAUUUCGCGCUUCGACCUCGCUGCACGGUGCCAGCAUCCACCACUAUACGUUGGCAUGCCUCUGAUAUUCCAUGUCUCGGGCGUUGCAGUGCCCUACUCCGAUCUGCCUCCGCGCACCACAUAUCCGCUCGAUCACACCGUCGUGGCGUCGAUUGCCAUCCGCAUCUGA